AUGGAACCAUUGUCAAAGGUCGAUUCUGCCGUCCAGGGUUUGUCGUCGUCGCCUCCCAAGGAGAAGGGCCACCGCAAGACCGGCUCAACAUCGUACCCAGGAGUACGGAACAUUAAUGAUCUCGAGGCCGAGGGCAUUGAGCUCAAGAUCGCCCCGGAGACACAAAAAACGGGAUGGAAGAUCAACACGUCACCCAACUCGAUUGACGAAAAGGAUAUCCUGAAAAAGCUCCUGACCACGCCACCAGUCAAGAAGAUUGACCUGCAAUUCCCGUUGGGCCUGGAAGUGACCGCGCGGAACAUGAAGGGCGUCACCAUCAAGGACGCCAUGGAUGCUAUCCACAAGGCAUUCAAGAAGCGGGUUGACGACGAGCUCGACCUGCCGUACCUCAAGGGCUUUGAGUGGGACAAAGAGGAGUCCUGGACACGCCUGAUUGUGCACCUGCAGCGGGAGUCUUCUGCUUCUCACUCUGGCGGCCAGGGUAAGAAGAAGAAGAACAAGGACGAGUAA